AUGCACAAUCUGCCUAUCUUAAUUCUCAUCCUUCUGUUGGUCUAUCUUGCAGAAAUCCGGCGUCUUAAAUUGGAGAAGAGAAAAUUAAUGUCGCAAAUAAGCAGCCUGAAAGAGGAAACAAAGCAUCUCACUUGCGAGUGCCUGCACGGCACUGGUUGCUUGAAGUGGAGAAAGGCCGAUCCCCGAGAAUCGGGCUCUGUCAAUCACCUUACGGUUCAACUGGAGAAACAGGCUGACGACUGGCGUACAGAAGCGGAUGGCCGGAAGUUGUUAGUCUCUGAGGUGAACGAAUUGACCUCACGACUCCGCGAGAUGGAGGCGCUGGCCAGAGCAGAGAUGCAGGACGACCAGGAAGACCCGGUGAAACUGCGCAUGGGCUUUGAGUAG